AUGGGAGGAGCAGUGGUGGACGAUGGACCUCCUGGGGUGAAGGCCCCAGAUGGUGGCUGGGGUUGGGCAGUGUUGGCCGGCUGCUUCGUCAUUACUGGCUUUUCCUACGCUUUCCCUAAGGCUGUCAGUGUCUUCUUCAAGGAGCUGAUCCGAGAGUUUGAUGUUGGCUACAGUGACACUGCCUGGAUCUCAUCAAUACUGCUUGCCAUGCUGUAUGGUACAGGACCUCUGUGCAGUGUAUUGGUGAACAGGUUUGGCUGCCGACCAGUAAUGAUGGUUGGAGGGCUCUUUGCCUCACUGGGAAUGAUUCUGGCCUCCUUUGCCACCAGUAUCAUACACAUCUACCUUUGCAUCGGAGUUAUUACAGGUCUGGGUCUGGCGUUGAACUUCCAGCCGUCUCUGAUAAUGCUGAAUCGCUACUUUAGUGAGAAACGUCCUUUAGCCAAUGGCUUAGCAGCAGCGGGCAGCCCUGUGGCACUGUGCUGUCUCUCCCCACUGGGACAGAUUCUCCAGUACCAGUAUGGCUGGAGGGGAGGGUUCCUCAUACUAGGAGGCAUUCUGCUCAACUGUUGUGCCUGUGGUGCCCUCAUGAGGCCCCUGUUGCCCCCUAAGAAGCCACAGUAUCUUGAAGAAAGCACUCCCACAGCUGCAGAAGAGAAAAAGCCCCAGCCCAAAAAAAAACUGUUGGAUUUCAGCGUGUUCAAGGACAGAGGUUUUCUCAUCUAUACCCUUGCAGCAUCUAUUAUGGUGCUGGGCUUGUUUGUGCCCCCUGUGUUUGUGGUCAGCUAUGCUAAAGGCCUCGGCUAUGAAGACACAAAGUCUUCAUUGCUGCUCACCAUCUUGGGAUUUGUUGAUAUGUUUGCUCGGCCUGCAUCAGGACUCAUAGCAGGCAUGAAGUGGGUACGGCCCAGAACUGUCUACCUGUUCAGCUUUGCUAUGAUCUUCAACGGCUGCACUGACCUUAUAGGAUCACAGGCAAAUAACUAUGAAGGUCUGGUGGUCUUCUGUAUCUUCUUUGGUAUCUCCUAUGGCAUGGUGGGAGCGCUACAGUUCGAGGUCCUCAUGUCUAUUGUAGGGACAGAGAAGUUCUCCAGUGCCAUAGGCCUGGUGUUGCUGAUGGAAGCCUUUGCUGUACUAGUGGGACCUCCUGGAGCAGGUCGCCUCUUGGAUGCCACCCAUCAGUACAUGUACGUCUUCCUGUUGGCAGGCUGUGAGGUCACACUGUCCGCCUUUGUCAUCGCCAUAGGUAACUUCUUUUGCAUUAGCAAGAAAAAGGAAGAUCUAGAGGUUAAGAUAGAAAUGGCUGUGACUGAUGCAGAGAAGGAGGGGCUGAACUUUGGGGUGGAAAGCGAGGAAGAUCACGAAGGUGAAGAGGACUCAAAGGAAAAAGCGAAUGGAAAUGACAAUGCCUUGAAAGCAGUGGAAGAGGUGAUUAUGGUUAAGGAGAUGGGGGAGAAUGGGGGAGAAGACACAUUAUGAUGAAAAAAAAGACUAGUGUUGAAAAAAGAGAAACUGUGCACCAAAAGGAUAUAAAAAGGACUGAGGAUGAUGUGUGACGCAGAGAAAUAGUAGCCACACAGAAAGUGAGGGAAGAUGAACAAAGUAGGGUAAGAAAAGAGGGCUGUUAUAUAUAAUGAAAAUCACAGUUUGAUGUAAUGGAUACAAUUCAUGAGCAAGAACUGGGUUUGUCUGAACUGUUCUAAUGCAACAUUUUGAUCAGAGGCUGUACAUUAUGUUUGAUCAGUUAAAAAGUUACCCUCUGGUUUAAAAUACAACUAUCCCUUCGGGCAUGGAAAUGUCUCACUUUACUGGCAACAAUUACCAGCUUUUCUGGGUAAAAUAAGGUGUUCUUUACUGCUGUCUACUCAGACCCACAUUGCAUUGUAGAACAAAGAAAUUUAAUUCCAGUUUUGCUUACCUUUACUCAGCAUCAUUUUUUACAAUCAUAUCCAGUUUUCACCAUUCAGGACUCAAGCUAUUCCACUUUCCAUUUCCUAAUGAUUAAAAAUACAUUUAUAAAAAAACACCAGUUAAGAUCCACUUACUGGCUUUUUCUUGAGCCUUCAACCAAAUCUCACAGCCUUUGUAACCAGAUGGGGUUUGCUUGGUUGUCAUCAUGUGAUCUACUUUAACAAGGGAUGUCCUGUCUUUAGCGUGUACCAGCAGAGAUAUUAAGUGGCAGGCUAAGUGCUGACUCCUUGUGACUUGAAAAAAAAGAGUCUACCUAGAUGUUCUGACAGGUAAGGGAGUCCCCUGUGAUUCUCCUGGUUGUUCAACUGAUAAAAGGGGUUAGAAUCACCCUCCAAGAACACUACGUGACAGAAUUGAAAUGCUUAGGUCACGUGAUGAUCACUCAGCAAAGCUCUGGAAAAACCUAGUAGGUGGACAUUGUGUUAAGAAUAUAUUGUCAAAAUAUAAUCAAGAAUGACAACGUAUUAAAGUAUUUCUUGGCAUUUUAUGUAUCAACAGAUCGACAACUCACAUUUGAAAAUUGGUUAAAAAUUUGUAAAAGUAAACUAUUUAAUAUUUAGGGCACUCAACAUGGACUGAGUUUCAUACUGUAGUAGCUGUUCACUUAUUGCUGUAAUUUAAAAGUCUGUUUUGUUGUGACUGCUGUGAGCUACUUUAUGAGACUUCAGCCAGUUGCUGUCAGACCCAUUUUUCUGUAGAAUACUUGAACAAACUUGAAUUGUCAGGAUCAGUCCAAUGCAUCGUUGUUGUAAACUCAGCUGAUGAGACAUGUCCUAUGUUGACAUCACUACUCUGUAAUGGUCUGCCUAAUGCUAUAACACUGGGAUCUGCUGUGUAAUGUGUCUGUAUGAUGCCAGAUGCUGUUAUCCAUGUACUCUAUGCCAUCCGUGUAUCUGUUCAAUCUUAUGCUCAACACUGAGAGCAAGCCCAACUUGCAACAGAAAGAUAUGGCAGAGUUAUUCAAAGCCUUUAGUGUCAGACGAGUUGUGUUAUUUAAAAAAACCAAAACACAGCUGUGUGUGAGAAGUGUGUUAAAGGACAAAGUUCAGUUUCCCCUCAACAAAGAAUAAUUUCAAUAAUUGUUUGAGAGGAUCGACAAGAAUGCAUUUUCAGUACCUAUGGCAAUAUUGCAGUUUGACACAUUGGUGCCAGUUCAUUAAGGGCAAUAGCUGUGACAGCAAAGCAUGUCACGCAAAAUGUCUUCCACAUUCAGUGCAACAUCUCUGCCCACUGCACUGCUUUCUGUAAUAACUCUGAAGGGGGAAGACUAAUUUAUGGCAGCCCAAACUCCAGGUUCCUGGACCAAGCCUAAGCCAUACCUACAUAUGAGCAAACAUAUAAUCAAUAUUACAAGUAAUUCACAGCUUCAAAAUUAUACAAAUAAGAAAAAUGUAAACAAUUAUACGUCCCCAUUGAAUGGACAUCAAGUAAAAUAUGUCAGAUGAUGCCUUAGCCCCCUACAUACUGUAAAGUACACUUCUUUUGUUCAGAAAAUUUGAAAGGGAACAGGGCUCACUGGACAGUACACCAUAGCCUGGAGGUGAACAGACAGAACACCUUGCCAACUAACAGGGGAAUGUAAUGGCAAAUUUACAUUUAAGCAUGAUUCUUUAUAUUUUUGUCUCACCCUAAAACUAUCUCUAGUUUUCCCAUGCCAGUUGAGAUGUAACUGGGGGGGUGAAAGUUGUACAGGGAGGAGGAGGCGAAAUGGCUCCGAGAUGUCUCCUGUGUUUUUAGAUUGUCUUCAUGCAUAGCAGAUUGCCUGUGAGAAAUGCAGAGUCAUGAUAAGCCAAGUUGUGUGUGUGUGUGUGUGUGUGUGUGUGCUGUCACUCUGAAGAUGUAUUUAAGCUCAGUGUUCCUGUUCACUCAUUGAAGAAACUUUUCCACAUUGGGCUGCUGUCUUUUGUGAAAUUUAUGUUUUUCCUAUAUUUGCAAAUAUAUUUUUAAUAAAAUACAAAAACCUAACUUGG